AUGUGUCCCAAUGCAUCCCCGCCCCCCAGCGCUGCCCAGAUCGAGCUCCUGCAGCUCCUGGUGGCCGUAGCCAAUGAGAACGGGCUGGGGGCGGCGCUAGAGAUCAAGAUCAAGUUCAGCAUCAUCGCCUCCCUCUAUGACUACAACCCCAACCUGGCCACCUACAUGAAGCCGGAGCUAUGGCAGCGCUGCCUCACCUGCAUUGAGGAGCUCCUGGAUGAGCUCUUCCAGCACCCGGAGAUCUUCAUAGGGGAGAACAUCCUGGAGGAGUCCGAGAACCUCAGCAACCCCGAGCAGCCCUACCGCGUCCGCGGCUGCAUCCUGACCCUGGUGGAGCGAAUGGACGAGGAGUUCACCAAGAUCAUGCAGAACACGGACCCCCACUCCCAAGAGUACGUGGAGCAGCUGAAGGACGAGGCGCGGGUGUGCGGGAUCAUUGCGCGCCUGCAGCGGUACCUGCAGGAGAAGGGGUCCCCGGAAGAGCUCUGCCGCGUCUUCCUCCGCCGCAUCCUUCACACCUACUAUAAGUUCGACUAUGGGGAGGCGCAGCCGGGGGCCACCAAUGAGGAAUCCCCGGCCGCCCUCAUGGACCGCCUCUGCAAGUUCAUCUACGCCAAGGACCGCACCGACCGCAUCCGCACCUGCGCCAUCCUCUGCCACAUCUACCAUCAUGCAUUGCACAGCCGCUGGUACCCGGCCCGGGACCUCAUGCUCAUGUCCCACCUGCAGGACAACAUCCAGCACGCCGACCCCCCCGUGCAGAUCCUCUACAACCGCACCAUGGUCCAGCUGGGCAUCUGCGCCUUCCGCCAAGGCCUCAUCAAGGACGCCCACAACGCCCUCUUGGACAUCCAAUCCUCAGGACGAGCCAAGGAGCUCCUGGGCCAGGGCCUCCUCUUGAGGAGCCUCCAGGAGAGGAACCCGGAGCAGGAGAAGGUGGAGAAGCGGCGCCAGGUCCCCUUCCACAUGCACGUGAACCUGGAGCUGCUCGAGUGCGUGUACCUGGUGGCGGCCAUGCUGCUGGAGAUCCCCUACAUGGCGGCCCAUGAGUUCGAUGCGAGGAGGAGGAUGAUCAGCAAGCAGUUCCAUCAUCAGCUCAGGGUCGGGGAGAGGCAGCCAUUGCUCGGCCCCCCCGAGUCCAUGCGGGAGCACGUGGUGGCCGCCUCCAAGGCCAUGAAGAUGGGAGACUGGAGGAGCUGCCACCGCUACGUGGUCAAUGAGAAGAUGAAUGGGAAGGUCUGGGACCUGUUCCCCGAGGCCGACAAGGUCCGCGCCAUGCUGGUGAGGAAGAUCCAGGAGGAGUCGCUCCGCACCUACCUGUUCACCUACAGCAGCGUCUAUGACUCCAUCAGCAUGGAGAUCCUGUCGGCCAUGUUUGAGCUGGACCUACCCACAGUGCACAGCAUCAUCAGCAAGAUGAUCAUCAAUGAGGAGCUCAUGGCGUCCCUGGACCAGCCCACGCAGACGGUGCAGAUGCAUCGCACGGAGCCCACCCCCCAACAGAACCUGGCCCUCCAAUUGGCUGAGAAGUUGGGGACCCUCAUGGAGAACAAUGAGAGGGUCCUGGACCACAAACAGGGCUCCUAUGGGGGGUACUUCCGAGACCAGAAGGACGGGUACCGCAAAGGGGACGGAGGAUACCUGAGACGCGGCGGCUACCGGCAACAGGAACGAGGCUCCAACUACUGACCCAUAGCGCCCCAUAGCGACCCAUAGCGACCCAUAGCCUGACCCAUAGCGACACAUA